AUGAGCAACACAAGUUGUCUCGAAGACACUAUUCAAAGGUGCAUUGAAGCUCGUCACCGCUCGCUUCAUAUCUUCCCUACAAUAGAGCGAAUCUCUCUUCUCCCGGGGUACGCACUGCGCAAUUCCCAUAACCUAAUUGGGAGCGAGACAGAAAUAGACAUCGCCGCGAAACCUCUUCGAACGCAAGAGAGAGACGGAGCGGCUGCACCGUCACACCAUUUGUGGCGAAACUCACUUCGACUCGCGGCAUUUAGGCGCGCCGCCUCCGCUGGAAUUCGGACUCUACUCGAGCCGCGUAAGAGCGCUUCUGCGGCGGCGCCGGGCGAAGAGUUAUUUCAAGAUUGA